AUGUGGGCUUGUUAUCUCCUUGAUGCUCUGAUUGAGUGUGGUGUCGAUCAACUUCGACUAAUAUCUCCGGAGGAUAUCCAAGUCCAACUGCCAUGCUCCGAAGAUCUGUUUGUGAGAGGCACACCCUGUGUUACGGAACUGCUUCCCCCACGCGAAUUACUUCCCGCUAUUCAUACUGGGUUCGAAAGCAAUAUCGACAUGCGUGCUUUCUAUAUUCGCGCAAUCAGGCUUCGUGCAAAGAUUUUGAAAUACGUCAAAGCUUUAGAAGACGAAAUACCAUGGGAACCCGAGAGUUCUUCGCAGUUCUCCCUUCUGGAAGCAGAGCUUCAGAACCUCAAAAGUUCCAUUCCCGAUACAUUCAAGAUGACUCUCGCAAACAAAUACCUUUACAAGGCGUCGGGGAGACUCAACCUCUUCUUCGGUCUUCACAUUCUGCUAUCACAGACAUCAAAUGAUUUGUAUCGAAUCUGUGUGUCGCAGCUUGUAUUUCCGGACACUUCAACCAAAUGGAUUCGUGACAAUUCGCCACGGACCUUUCUCCAGAGGUGUCAUUUAAUGUGUCUGGACAAGGCAGUCUACAUUGCGACCCUUUUGAAGGACCUUUGGCUGUUUAAUAAGCCCAGCCUUGUUGAUACAUUUUAUGCGAACCAUGUUCAAAUUUGCAGUAGCGUUUUGCUCACCACUCUUCUCUCAUGGGGUGAAGCAGAGCCUUUAAUUCCCCAAUUUGAUUAUAACGACUAUGGCACGAUGCUGAGAGAUAAUCUUACCAUUAUGCAGUACUUGCAGAAAUACCUCAAGGUGGAUGCAUACUGUCAGUCUACAAAGGAAGCUUUUAAACGGUUCAACAAAUUUUUUACCGUAGAGGCUCCGUCACAAAUCGGCCGUCCUUUGAAGGACGUCAUAAUCAGUGAUCAAACCGUGACACGCUCGCAGUCCUCCCUUGAGUACAUUUUGAACCCUUUGGGAACCUAUCCUUUGGCCCGGAAACAAACACAAGAUCAUGACACAUCAAGUUCUUUUGAGAAGGGAGAAAUUGAGCCACAAGCCACGACAACUGGUACAAAUGUUGGCAGCUUUGAUGAUGUUGUCUUUCCCAGCCCGUUUGAAUGGGGGUCGGAGAUUUUGAUGUUUGAUUCUGCAGGAUAUCCCACCUUCUUGGACGAUUUUACUGGAUGGAACUCUGGUAGCUUAGAGUGGGAUGUAGGAAGGGGUGGAUAA